CUGGGGAAAGGGCGCCGCGGUACCAUUUCACAUGCGACUGACAGCGUCGUUGGCCUGACCAUGACACCCAUUUUGCCUUUUGCUGGUGUGUUGGGGGCUUCUCCGCUGGGUGUGGCCGGGGUUCGUGACUCGGCCACGUAUGGAGGUGUGUAUGGUGGUCCAUUGCUGACAUCCCCACUGCUGCCGAGACGGCUGGACUAUGUGGCCACGAUUCCUUUAGCACCUGUGUGGUCACAUGCGGUGGCCCCGCCAUGUCCCGCUGGAGACGGUUCUCUUUCAGGAGAUCACAGCGACGCUUGGCGUUGUCCAACCAUUUCACGUCCACGAGUCGUUGGCGCGGCGGCGGGUUCGUUUGCGGUGCCGUCUCAGACUCCCUUUGUCGAUCCUAAUUCCACACCUCCGUUUGACGAUGUGGAUAGCUCUGUGGCAGUCGGUGGCACGUCGUGUUCGGGCGGCAACAACAUCGUGCGUGUGUGUGUGCAGGACGCAUGUCGGAGACGGUUGUGCGCUCUCCGUGACGCUAUGGUCGCCAGUGAUGGUGACCAACGCGGACCGGUCAGCGACGUUAUUGAUCGGCUGCUCCACUGGUCCUUGCCAGCCAUCCGUGCGGAGUUUUGUGACGAGGUAGCAGAUGUGAUUUCUUCCUCGUUGCCUUCUCGGGUGUGCGGUCGAGAUUUCACGUUGCGUUAUAUGCUAGGCGAUUCCGGUGUUGACUACGGUCAUGCGCAGCUCUGUAAGCUGACGUUCGUAUGCGACAAAAGAUCCAAAUGGACCUGGCACACGGCACUUGUGACCACGAACGUCUAUCACUCGCGACUGAUGCAGCAGCUCUUUCAUGCGACAGUCACUGUCGGCCUUACGUUCACGCUCCUCGACAACUUUUGUGUUUGUUUAGGGAUGUGCUCGGUGCACAAACCCACAUUCUACAAGUUUAUGCGCACAGAACCGAGGGGGGCGGAGGGGUGGAACGCCAAGGUCGUACGGCAGGGCAUAAAAUAUUGCGAGCUUGCCAUUGACACUUUGAUACGCCGUGGUGAGCCAGUGACAUUGAUGGUUGAUGGUCGAUAUGACUCUGCCAGAGGCGCGCAACAUUGCACUUUCACCGCGAUGGAGUACGAGACUCGGCUUGUUGUAGGUGUUCACACUCUCCGUCCGAAGAUUGAAGGCAAGGCAUCGAAUGCGCUUGAGGUGCCAACCGUCGUGCAACUUUUGCGAGGGCUGAUGGACAAGGGGUUGAAGAUCCGGAGCAUUGUCUCGGACGAUUGUGCCGCGCUGGGACCGAAGUUGCGAGGUAUGAACAUCGAGUGGCAGAAGGAUUGCCACCACAAAAUAAAAAGCAUUCGCAAGCACUUCCACAGUAUGCCGCAACUGAAGGAAGCGAAGAAAGUGAGCAGCCCGCACGACUGUGCGUCAGAGGCGCAGUUUAUGCAGUUCACGAAGAAGCGGCUAAAGGAGGCGUUGGAGCAGCGUUUCGGACCUGACGUCCUCACACCUGCUGAGGAGCGGAUGAAGAAAUCAGAUUUCGUCGUUGUCGUCAUGCGAAAGAUGUACCCCUACGGAUCGAGGUUGAACACUCGAGCGUUGGAGAUUGAUCCAGACGACUUGAUAGAGUAUCAUGAGCGUGAGGUUGGGAUGUGGUUCCUCCGCGCUUGCCAGCAAUGCAGGGAGGAGGGCGGAGACGCCGACAGUCUACACUGCGACAUCAUGUUGGUCGCCGAUCAUUGGGUUGGUGAUCAUUCGGGAUGUGUCGACGGUAAGGAGGUUUUGUGCGAGAAGGCCGGUGGGUAUGCACGAUUGCCUUUGUAUAGCCUCACGGACACAGUCUACGAGCUCAUUCUGCGUGUUCUCGAUAAACAAUGCAGCACUAACAUCACGUCGUACUACAUCGAGUUUCGGCACACAUCGACGGUGGAGACUUUUCAGGGCACCAUCAUUAUCUAUGCGAAGAAGUCGGUGCAUUUCGAGAAGUCUUUCUGUGCACGUUUGUCGAUCGCAGUAAUUCGGUGGAACAGUCACUGCUGGCGCGACCCGCUCGGGUAUGUUGCUCGCAUUGCUGCGGGCACUUCCAUACGUGCGAGACCAGGUUUCCGUCGACACUAUGGUCACAAGGCGAUCGACUGUUGGAAGGACAGAUUAGCGGCGUCAGUGUUCAGUUCGGCUCAUGUUUCAGAUUGGGCUCGAGAGCUUCUGCGGCAGGAGGUUUGUCCUUAUGGAGCCGGGCCAUUGCCGCGUGAUUUGUUCGUCAACGGUGGGGGCGACCCAGUGGAAGUCGUUGAUGAUGCUGCCUCAGGUUCCGACCAUGAGGCAGUGGGGGAGAACCGUGUUUUCAUCAUCGGUCACGUGGAGGACGAUGCGGUGCCUGCAUGCGAUGAUUGGGUCCAGACAUCGAGCUCCGAAUCUGAGGGUGACGAUAUAGAGUUGUUCAGCAUUUGACUGGUUGAAUGGCUUUAUCGUUGACCUUACAUCAGU